AUGGCUGCCGCAGGUGAAAGAAAGAAAUCUUCUAGAAAGAAGAAGGAUCCAGAUGCACCAAAGAGAUCUCUCUCUGCAUACAUGUUCUUUGCUAACGAAAACAGAGACAUUGUUAGAGCUGAAAACCCAGGUAUUACCUUUGGUCAAGUUGGUAAGUUGUUGGGUGAGAAAUGGAAGGCUUUAGGUUCCGAGGACAAGGUGCCAUACGAGAACAAGGCUGAGGCUGACAAAAAGAGAUACGAGAAAGAGAAAGCCGAGUAUGCAAAAAAAAACUCAGUUUAG